AGUCAACCUGCAGACAUGCAGCUGUACUGUUGGGGAGACAGCUCCAGUGGACAGUUUGGGGUCCAGGCGGCCCUGAGCCCGGUGAGUUGGACCGCACCCGGGGUUGUAACCAGCAUCUGUUGCGGUGAGCAGCACACUUUAUUCCUCAAAGCAGACGGUAAAGUUUUAUCAUGUGGACACAACUCAAAGGGCCAACUCGGACGAAGGAGCCAAAGUGGAAAGAUGCUUGGAUGUGUGGAGGGACUCGGUGAUGUUGUCGCCAUGGCUUGUGGUCAAGACCAUUGUCUGGCUUUAUGUGCAUCUGGACAAGUGUUUUCUUGGGGGGCAGGAGAUGAUGGACAGCUUGGGCAGGUACCAGGGCAGCAGUGCAACAAUCAGAGACCAAGCCGAGUACCCAUCCCAAUGCCCAUUAAGAUAAUCCAGGUUACUUGUGGAAACUCCCAUUCCCUCGCAUUGACUAGAGGAGGAGACGUCUUCUCCUGGGGUUCAAACAGUCAUGGUCAGCUGGGCCUGGGGAAGGAUUUUGCUCAUCAGCACAAACCUAUCUUGGUGUGCUCCCUGACCGGAGUCGCAGUGACCCAGAUUUCAGCCGGAGGGAGCCACACCCUGUUCCUCACGCUCUCCGGCUUGGUGUACUGCUGUGGAGCCAAUAAAUCUGGCCAGCUGGGGCUCAACAGAGUGGAUGAGAAAGGCAGGUUCAACAUCUGUCUGGUACCUGCUCUCAGACCUCUGGGCAUCUCUUUCAUCAGCUGUGGAGAGGCACACACUGCUGUGUUAACUAAGGAAGGGAAAGUUUUUACUUUUGGAGAUGGGAGCCACGGCCAGCUCGGUCACAACUCCACCACCAGUGAGAUUCGGCCCAAGCUGGUUGAUGGUCUCGGAGGGCCAGCAUCUCAGAUUGCAUGUGGGAGGUGUCACACUCUGGUGUUGACUUCCUCUGGACAGCUGUUUGCUUUUGGUAAUGGGGACAAAGGCCAGUUGGGGACUGGACAGCAAGACAGCAGCCUGUCCCCCUCCCUGGUUCAGCUUCCAUGGAUCUCUGACAGGGCAGCAGCCAUACCUAGUGCAGACUUGACGUUAUCAGCUGGAUGGAACACAAACUUAAUUUACUCUUCACCUGCAAAGACCUCCGAUCACGGACAAAUAAUUGGGCGGCUGGAUGACACAAAACUGCAAAAAUGGUUGGCAAUGAAUUGCAGCAACGUCGAUGUUAAAAGAGAAAUCGAGUCAAUGUUUUUCACAAGUUCAAGUCUUGUUGCAAGUUUCACUAAACCAGAUGGAGCUCCGCUGGAAGCUGGUGCGUUAACAGUGGACCUCGAAGCCGCUCGCCAGGCUUUCGACCAGAUGUUGGCAGUCCCAUGGAUCAAACAAACAGUGAAUCUGAAGGGGCUUGUAGAAUUGCUCAUUGUCUCAAGACGUCAUAUAAAAUCUCCAGAGAUCCUCCUGAUUUUGCUGACAUGCCCCCUGCUACAAGAGGACUCGAAUGUCAUGAAUGGAGCUUUACAUCUGGCAGUUGUCAUUGAGGAUCUGAGCGAGAAGACUCUGACCACACUAAGAAGCUUUUGGUCUUCUCUGUCAGCCAGUAUUUUGAUCAGGCACAUCAUGGUCUUCAAAAAUGCCCUGGGUUUCAUGCUGAAGAACAACCUGUUAGAAACCCAUUACCCAGGAAUCAAAUUACUGCUGAAAGCCCUGAAGCUGCUUUACAAAGCAAACAAAGUUGGGAAGUCCCACAAAGUCCCACUGAGCACCUUUUAUGUUGAAGAAAUUGGUAGUACUCAUCAUCUACAUGUGGAUGUCACUCUCUGGUUGACGUUCUCCAAACAAGAGGACAAUGAGCAAACGCCUGCCAUUUUCUGCCGCUACCCUUUUGUUUUCCCCCUGGUUUGUAAGGUUGCUGUCUUUAACAUCUUGGCACGCGUGAUGAAGGAAGCUUAUCAUGUUGUUCAUGGAAUGGGUUUUCCAUGGCCUCAAGAUUUCCUGGGAGACGCCCUGCACUCCCCUGUCCCGGUCUUCCAGCUGAAUCUGAGACGAACUCACCUGGUGGAGGACACCUUCAGACAUCUCGCUGCAGCUGAUCACUCUCUAUUCAAAAGGGAGCUUGUGGUGCAGUUUGUAGAUGACAGGAAGAUCAUGAACGUCAACAAAAAUGAUUUUUUUCUGCACGUGUUUGAUAAGCUAAUGGAUCCUGAAUCUGAAAUGUUCAUGUACAACGAGAGUCGGACCCUGGCCUGGUUCCCACCCAAGCUUAAAGUGGAGGAGAAGAGGUACUUCCUGUUUGGCGUUCUGUGUGGCCUGGCUCUUUACAACCACAACAUUAUACACCUGCCGUUCCCGCUGGCGCUCUUCAAGAAGCUGCUCCGAGUCAAAACAUCACUGGAGGACAUGAGGGAGUUUGAACCUGUCCUGGCAGAGUCAUGGAGGUGCAUUUUGGAGGACUUUUCUCCUGAUGAAGUCGAAGCCCUGGAGACAACUUUCACUGUCUCCUGGGGUGAUGAGGAAGCUGAACUUGAUCCAGACGAGCCUGGAAAACUGGUCACUGGAUCUAAUAGGAAAGAAUUUGUUGAUGCCUGCGUCAACCACGCCUUUAACAAGUCAGUGGAACGAGUUUUUGAACUCUUCAAACGUGGGUUUUUUAAAGUGUGCAACAUGGAUGUUGUGGAGUUCUUCCAGUCUGAGGAAUUACAGACGGUCAUGGUGGGCCAAGAAAACUAUGACUGGGAGGUCUUCAAGGAGAACACACUUUAUGAGGGAGACUAUCAUGCUGGCCAUCCGACCAUCAUUACCUUUUGGCAGGUGUUUGAAAAUCUCUCUGCAGAAAACAAGAGAAAGUUCCUCCUGUUCCUCACAGGCUGUGACAGAGUCCCCUUCCUGGGGAUGGAUGUUGUCAGGAUGACAGUGGCCGUGUUGCCUGAUGCCACAGAGAUCCAUUUGCCUGAAUCUCUCACCUGCCAUUUCCGGUUGCUGCUGCCCAUGUACAGGAGAUACCCGGUGGAGAGGACGAUGGAAACCAGGCUCCUUCAGGCUAUUAACCACAACAGAGGCUUCUGGAAAGACUAGAAAUCUUUCUUAAAACCCACCUUAUUGCUUACUGGGUUUUCCACUGUUUGCAGCAUCUCCAUAUUAUCUGAGAUAUUAUGUAUCUAUAAUAUUUAUAAUUUACAGAGGAUUCCUAUGGAUUUGUCUUGUGAAAUGCCAAACGUUUCCAAGCUCAGUUUUCCAGAGGUCUCACUCCUUCAGAUAUACAUAUGGGUUCAUGGCAGAUAUUUAUAUAGGUGACAGAGUUUAGAUGGGGAACCUCCGAACCAGAAUCAAUGGAAGAAAGAAAGAGAGGUUGGACACAAGAAAGGAAUGAAGGGAGGGCACAAAAGACUGAAGUAAGAAGGGAGACAACAAAAGUUGGACAAAAGAAGAUAGUGGGGAGGACAAAAAGUCUGGAAAUACCAAUAUUUUUCCAUACUCUUGUUUUCCAGACCGUGUAGAAACCACAUCUCAAUAAUGCCACCUGAUUUUGUUUAUGAAUGUGACUUUGUGAUUAUUGAUGUGAUAGUUUAAUGUUAUUUGAUUAUAUAUUCAAUUCAGAGCUCACUGUUAUGUAGCAAUGAAGCAGCGCCACACUGAGCAUUAAACGUGAAACAGAAUCAGUGUUUCCGAGUAAAUGUUCAGCUUUGUUCAAUUACAAGCAAAAAUGCUCCACAAUUAAAUAUUAAUUGCUUCAUCUCAGAAAACAUUUUGGACUUAUAAGCUGUUUGAGGCUUUAUAUGAAUUUGUUCUUUGCAUUAUUUCUCUUCAGGUUGCACAUACAAAUAAACAUUAUUUUCCACAGCA